CAGGAGUCCUGGCCCCCCAUCUCUGCUCUGACCAGCAGGCCCUGCUCUCCCAAGCUGGGAAAAGGGUCCUGGCUCCAAAGCUGCAGUUCUCAGCCCCGUCUCCCUGGCCGUGGGGCUAGCGCAGCACGUGACGCUCAGCGGGGAGUUCCUCUGCCUGGCGGGGCCGCCACGCUCCAGUCCCCUGCCGGCUGCGAGCGAAGACCAUGAGGCUGGAGCUGGGUUGUCUGGUGCUGUGGGUCCAGCUCCUUCCCUGGGGUCCAGGUUCCUUCACAGAUGCCAACUUCACGGUGGUGCAAUCUCCGGCCGAGGUGGGUGUCAUCCGGGGAGACAACGCCACCUUGAACUGCACCUUCUCCCGGAGCCUGUCCCUGGACAAGGGUGCUGUCUCCUGGUUCCGAGGCGGGCCAGGAGGAGAGGCCGCUGUGCCCCUGAGAGCCCGUUUCGCGCUGGCCUAUCCUGACACCUUCCUGCGCAGAGGGGAAGGGACCCUGGCCAUCACCAACGUCAGCCUGGAGGAUGCUGGGAAAUAUGUCUGCCGGGUGCUGCUGUGGGGCACCGGGGAGGCACGAGGCAACGGGACCCAGCUGCGUGUUUAUGCCCGACCUUCCCACCCAGUUAUUUUCCUCCAGUUCCACCCGAAGCCAGAGUCGAAAUGGACCCUGGUUUGCAGAACCGCUGGUUUCUACCCCGCACCUGCCCGGCUCACCUGGUACCAAGGGAGCGUACGUCUGCCCCCAACCCAGCCACUGCAGGAGUGUGGGGACCCGACUAGACCCCUCCAGGCUUCCACCACCCUGGAAUUACCCUCAUCGGGCCCAAGAACCACCUACACCUGUCAGGUGGGGCACCCCUCCCUGCAGAAUCCCCUCAGCUCUGACUACACCUACGACCCGCAGCGCCAGGACCCCCCCUCCCUGAUUGCUGGCCUCAACCUCCUGAAAAUAACCCUGCUGGGGGUGCUCAGCCUGGGCCUGGGGCUGGCUGUGGAGAUGGACGCCGCUGUUAAUAAAGCCCUUAUCAGAUGA